AUGGCGACCAAAGUUAUGAAGAUGUAUAAGGCACCUCCAUUUCUCACCUUUGAUUCUUCCAACUCUGCCGGAUACAAUUAUACGGAAGCGUUCAAAUACAAUCCGCGAUCAUUUCUUAUGAAGAACCCAAAGCAAAACAAGCUGUACGCACAAUAUUUCGCGCCAUCGAAGAUUUAUCGACGACGGUUCUCGCGUGGCAGGAAAAUGUCUUCUCCUGCAAGAUCAGCUUCUUCGUCUUCCAGUUCUUCUACAAAUGGUUCAAAGUCAUCUGUUUCACCACCACCAACAAGGCCUUCUGAUCACCAUCCUUCGGCAAAGUCUAAUCCACGUUCAAGGAUGUCUACUUCUCCUUCUGCAAAAUCAUCUGCUUCUCCUCCACCAUCAAAGUCUUCUAUUUCUUCUCCAUCGGAAAAGACAGUUGAUACUACUGUUCAGUUAAUGACAUCUAAUUCUCCUCCGCCAUCAGAGUUAUCUGCUCCCACUCCUCAUUUAGAGAAUUCUGUUUGUCCUUCAUUGGAAAACAAAUCUGACAACACCCCUUCAUUUGUUGCUUCUGCUUCGUCAAAUCUACCUCUAUCCUCACUUCCUCCGUGCGCCGUUUCAGCACCUUCUAAAUCUCCUGGGUUAUUGUCUCCUUCAUCCGCUAUCAAAGACGAAAUCACCACGAAGCCCAAAUCUUCUAAUGAAGCACUUCCUGAGACGAAGAGCAACAAGAUCAAGCUCAAAUUCGUUGAACCAUCGAAGUUUUACUCUGCUAAAAAUGAAAACUCCACUACUAAAUGUAGUUCUCCGAAGAGAUCACGACCAGAUGAUGAGGAUGAUGAAACUGCUUCUAAAAUGGGAUCACCAAAGAAGCGACGACUUAAUCCCAAGGCCUCAAAAGUCCCUGCCCAGACAGCUAUCCCCUCCAAGCCGGGUGCAAAACCCUCGAAGGAGGAAUUGGAGAAGAUACGCAGUGAUUCGCUGAAGAAACGAAGAUAUUUGGCCUCGAAAGUACGAAAAGACUCAACCCGCAUGCCAACAGCUGCCCAGAGGGGAUUGGCCAAUGUUACUGGAUAUGCAUGCUACAGAAACAGUUUAUUACAAGGUCUUUUCCAUCUUCCCAAAUUCUUCAAUUUUUUGAUUGACCAACAUCCUGUGGACACUUGCAAUAUACCUAGAAAAGAUUGCUUGGCCUGCGCUCUUUGCCACUUGUCUUCGAAAUACUGGACUGUUGGCUUUCCUGCCAAGGAGAUCACAAUCAUGCUGCGAAGACUCGAGGUCCAGUGCAAGCGUCUUGGGUGGUAUCCUGGACCCUCUGGGCAAGGUGAUCCUCAUGAGCAAAUUACCUGGAUGUUGGAAAAGAUCGACAAACAGAUGAAGGCUUCGAGCGUUGCCAGUAUGCAGUCAAUAAUGCAGCUUGUUCUAAGCAGCAGAAUCACAUGCGAUAAAUGCCACAAUGUCUCAGUGGGAGACUUACAAGAUGAACUAGCCUUGUCCGUACCUCUCAAACCGCGUAUCCGAGGUGGUUCUCUUUCCUCGUACUUGCAUAAAUACUUGGAUGAGACGAUCGAAGGUUACAGGUGCGAGAAGUGUAAGAAGGUAGGGGACGUUCAUCGUGUACAGUCGAUCAGUCACGCACCAGAUAUCUUGUUCGUUCAGCUUAAACGGUUUGGUUAUGAUGGCAGAAAGGAUAAGCUUACGCUUCCCAUCGACCAUACCCUUGACCUCAGUCCUUAUCGCGACCCUAGUGGAAGCAAGGACUCCAUGGAGUACGAGCUCGUAGCGUCUGUUUCGCAUUCUGGCAGUCUCGACUAUGGACAUUACAUCUGUGAUGCUCGUGGACCCGAUGGUCGCUGGAAUUGCUUCAAUGAUGCAUAUUACGACCCUACGACUCUGGCAAAGGCUCUGGGGAGUAAUCAACCAUAUUUGCUAUUCUACCAACGCAAGUAG